AUCCUUUCCUACAUUUCCCUCUUAACCUCUCAAGAUCCAAAUCUCACUCUUCCACCUUCCAUUAAACUCUUAAAUCCUUCAUGGGUCUUCUUCAACCUUCACUCCAAUUCACAUAAAUCUCAUCAUUUUCUACAUCUUUCUACCAAAAUCCCAUCUGGGAUUUGAACAUUUAUCUUCAACAAAAUGGCACCAAGCUCUGUAGUUGUCACAAUAGACAAAUCAAGCAACUUUUCUUUAGUAGAAGUUGAUAACUCAGAAGCAUCAGUGUUUCUUGAAAAACAAAGAACAGCAAGCACCAAACAGUUUUCAUGGCUGCUGUUAUUAAAAGCUCAAAGAAUCCUCUCUUUCGUUCCAUGGUUAACAAUGGGGUGUUCCAAAACUUUUGUUUCAGUUAAAAAAAGGAUUGCUUUAUCAGAUUCAACCAAAGAUGAAGUCAAGUACAAAGAGAGGGUUAUGUACAGAUUUGUAAAAGCAUUUCUUGCUAUUUCUGUUCUUGCUUUGGGUGUGGAAAUCUUUGCUUAUUUUCAGAAAUGGGAUUUGAAUUUUAUCCCUAAUGAAGCUAUGGGACUUAUGCAUUUGUGUUACAUGGGUUGGGUUGCAUUUAGAGCUGAAUAUCUUGCUCCAUUUAUCACUAUGUUGUCAAAGUUUUGUGUGUUGCUGUUCUUGAUCCAGUCUGUUGAUAGAUUCAUACUUGGGAUUGGGUUCUUUUGGAUCAAGUUUAAGAAAAUAAAGCCAGGGAUUGAUGUUGAUGAUAGGUGUUAUGAUGCUGAAGAUCCUUUAUCUUUCCCUAUGGUUCUUGUUCAGAUUCCCAUGUGCAAUGAAAGAGAGGUGUAUCAACAAUCAAUUGCAGCUGUGUGCCAGUUGGAUUGGCCAAAAGAGAGGAUAUUGAUUCAAGUUUUGGAUGAUUCAAGUGAUGAGGUUAUACAGAUUUUGAUAAGGAAUGAAGUGAGUUUAUGGAGGGAGAAAGGGGUGAAUAUAAUCUACAGACAUAGAUUUGUUAGAACAGGAUAUAAAGCAGGCAAUCUUCAUUCAGCAAUGGGUUGUGAUUAUGUUAAAAACUAUGAAUUUGUUGCCAUUUUGGAUGCAGAUUUUCAGCCAAAUCCUGAUUUCCUGUUGCUGACAGUUCCUCACUUCAAGGGGAAACCGGACUUGGGUCUUGUUCAAGCCAGAUGGUCAUUCGUAAACAAGGACGAAAACUUGCUCACAAGGCUACAAAACAUAAACUUGUGCUUCCAUUUCGAAGUUGAACAACAAGUGAACGGUCACUUUCUCAACUUCUUUGGGUUCAACGGGACGGCUGGUGUUUGGAGGAUCAAAGCUUUGGAAGAAUCCGGAGGUUGGCUCGAAAGAACGACAGUUGAAGACAUGGACAUUGCGGUUAGAGCCCAUUUGAAUGGAUGGAAGUUCAUUUACCUUAACGAUGUUAGAGUUCUUUGCGAAUUACCCGAGUCUUACGAAGCUUACAAGAAACAACAACAUCGAUGGCAUUCGGGUCCUAUGCAACUCUUCCGUCUCUGCCUUCCUGCAAUCCUUUCUUCCAAGAUAUCAAAGUGGAAAAAGGCGAACUUGAUCUUCUUAUUCUUCCUUCUGCGAAAAAUGAUUCUACCGUUUUACUCGUUCACUCUCUUCUGCGUGAUCUUACCGCUAACAAUGUUCAUACCCGAAGCCGAAUUACCAAUUUGGGUAAUCUGUUACGUGCCCGUCACAAUGUCAGUUUUAAACAUCCUGCCAUCACCAAAAUCAUUUCCAUUCCUGAUGCCAUACCUACUGUUCGAAAACACAAUGUCGGUAACCAAAUUCAACGCAAUGAUCUCGGGCCUGUUCCAGCUCGGAAGUGCAUACGAAUGGGUAGUCACCAAGAAAACCGGGAGGUCAUCUGAGUCAGAUUUGUUGGCGUUUGCAGAACGCGAAUCAAAAAGCUUCAACGAAGAGAAGAUUCAACGACGGUUAUCGGAUUCGGGGCUUGAAAUGCUGGGGAAACUGAAGGAGCAAGAGACACCAGUUGUUGAAAAUGAAAAGAAGAAAAACAGAAUUUAUAGGAAAGAAGUUGCACUUGCAUUUCUGCUGCUUACUGCUGCCGCAAGAAGUCUUUUGUCAGCUCAUGGGAUUCAUUUUUAUUUCUUGUUGUUUCAAGGUUUAUCUUUUCUUGUGGUUGGGUUGGAUUUGAUUGGUGAGCAAGUCAACUGAAAAGGUCAAAGUUUCGAUCAUGAAAAUCGUUAUAACACGAAAAUGGUUGGUUCAAGUUGGGAGCGUGGAUCUUGUGUCGGUACAUACUUAUACGAUAGGGAGAUUGUGGUGUUAAUUUUCCGAUCUGUGAUGAGUCCGUCUAGUUAGUUUAGUUAAAGAUAAGAUAGUUAGUACGGUUUAUUGGCUAAAAUAUUAUCUAAUUACUUCUUAGCGUCAAA